AAGAAAAAGAAAAAAUGGAUUAUGAUCCUCUCGUGGAUUCGGGAAACAAGGACAAACAAUUUAAUAUCGAGUUUCUUGUUAUCCCUAUCCAUGAAUUUUUUGGAUUUCCAACCAACUAUCUUAGGUAUGAAGAGUUUAAAAAUGUUUCUUUUAAUAUUCGAGUAUCCGAUCCCAAGGCCAAAACAUAUAAAGACAUAAAAUUGCAAGAUAAAGUUAGUGAUUAUUUUGAUAAAAAGCCUGUAACAGGUUCUACAUUAAUCUUGAACAUUCAUCUGCCUUUGCUAAGAAGAAGAGAAAAAAGACGGCAAAACCGCACUCCACCACCAACCUACGAAGAAGUUUUAUCAAUGCUAAAUAUAAGUCACCGUGAAUCUCCUGCCGGUCAAAGAGAUCGAUCUGCAUCCCUGGCCCAGAGAAUUCCUACCAAAAGAGACGAAACUACUAAUCGAGAUAAUAUAAAUAAUGUAAAUGAUGCGGAUGGGAAUUCAGGCCAUAAUACUAAUGAUGUAGGUAGAAAUUUAGAUAAUGCGACAUACUCAUCUUUAUCUAAUUUG